AUGAACCGAAGCUUCUCCAUAGACUCCAUUCUGGCCAGGAAGCCAAAACGAAAAAUUGGCGAAGACCGGCUGAUUCGUGUCUUCCUGCAAUCUGCAAAUCUCUGGAGACGAUUUCAUAGUCUUGGGACGGAAAUGAUCGUGACCAAGAGUGGCAGAAGAAUGUUCCCAACACUAUCCGUGAUAAUAGCGGGGCUGGAUCCAGUGAAGAACUAUGUGGUGAUGGUGGAUCUAGAGUGCAUCGAAUUGAAACGUUUUCGCUACUCGUUUCAUCAAAGCAAGUGGAUUUCUACGGGGCCAGGAGAAAGUGAGCUUCCAAGUCGAAUGUUCGUCCAUUCAGACUCCCCAGCUCGUGGAGCUCAUUGGAUGAGGUCACCUGUCAGUUUUGACAAAAUGAAGCUCACCAACAAUCAAUUGGAUAACAAUGGACAUAUCAUAGUCAACUCGAUGCACAAGUACCGCCCACGGGUUCAUGUCAUAGAGCAAGAUGAAGCAAAAACUCGCCAUACGUUCUCCUUCGAAGAGACUGAUUUCAUUGCAGUGACUGCUUAUCAGAACCAUCGAAUAACAAGUCUGAAAAUUGAGUCCAACCCAUUUGCCAAGGGGUUCCGGGAAUGUGAAGUUCAGGAUAUGGCACAUCUACAAGUACCCGCCAAUUUUCAAUCAGUUCUUCCUUUCAUUUUUCCCUAUUUCGCUAAUCUCACAGCUAAUGCUGAGCAAUAA